UGAUUUCCAGGACUCGUUGUUGCCCCGUCACUAUGAACAAUGGCCCAGCUAUACUACAAAAAGGUCAACUAUUCGCCGUACAGAGAUCGGAUCCCACUGCAGAUUGUGCGAGCAGAGGCAGAGCUCUCGGUGGAGGAGAAGGCCUACCUCAGCGCUGUGGAGAAGGGGGACUAUGCCAGUGUGAAACAUGCCUUACAAGAGGCAGAGAUCUACUACAACAUCAACAUUAACUGUAUGGAUCCUCUUGGUCGCAGUGCCCUUUUAAUAGCCAUAGAGAAUGAGAAUUUGGAGAUCAUGGAGUUACUCUUGAACCACAGUGUGUACGUGGGAGAUGCUCUGCUAUAUGCAAUACGGAAAGAGGUGGUGGGGGCUGUGGAGCUGCUGCUGAGUUACAGGAAGCCAAGUGGUGAAAAACAGGUUCCAACCUUGAUGAUGGACACCCAGUUUUCCGAAUUCACUCCAGAUAUCACCCCAAUAAUGCUGGCGGCUCACACCAACAACUAUGAAAUCAUCAAACUGCUUGUCCAAAGACGGGUGACAAUUCCACGCCCACACCAGAUCAGAUGCAACUGUGUGGAAUGUGUCUCCAGUUCGGAGGUGGACAGCCUGAGGCAUUCCAGGUCGAGGCUGAACAUCUACAAAGCCUUAGCCAGCCCUUCAUUGAUUGCCUUAUCAAGUGAGGACCCCAUCUUGACAGCUUUCCGACUGGGCUGGGAGCUGAAGGAGCUCAGCAAGGUGGAAAAUGAGUUCAAGGCUGAAUAUGAAGAACUUUCCCAGCAGUGCAAGCGUUUUGCUAAGGACCUUUUGGAUCAAGCACGGAGUUCCCGAGAAUUGGAGAUCAUUCUUAAUCACAGAGAUGAUCAAAGCGAAGAGCUGGAUCCCCAGAAAUGUCAUGAUUUGGCAAAGCUAAAGGUAGCAAUAAAGUAUCACCAGAAAGAGUUUGUUGCUCAGCCAAACUGCCAGCAGCUACUAGCAACUCUUUGGUAUGAUGGCUUUCCAGGAUGGAGGCGGAAACACUGGGUGGUAAAACUCUUGACCUGCGUCACCAUCGGACUGCUAUUUCCUGUGCUUUCCGUGGCAUACCUGAUUGCACCGAAGAGCAGGCUGGGACUGUUCAUUAAAAAGCCAUUUAUAAAGUUUAUCUGCCACACCGGAUCUUACCUAACCUUCCUCUUCAUGCUCCUACUGGCAUCGCAGCACAUUGUCAGGACUGACCUUCAUAUGCAGGGACCGCCUCCCACCAUUGUGGAGUGGAUGAUCCUGCCCUGGGUUCUAGGUUUUAUUUGGGGAGAAAUCAAGGAAAUGUGGGAUGGAGGAUUCAAUGAGUAUGUACAUGACUGGUGGAAUCUGAUGGAUUUUGCAAUGAACUCCCUCUAUCUUGCAACAAUCUCCCUUAAAAUUGUUGCCUAUGUCAAGUAUAACGGUUCUCGUCCAAGGGAGGAAUGGGAAAUGUGGCACCCGACACUCAUUGCAGAAGCCCUCUUUGCAAUAUCCAACAUUUUAAGUUCCUUGCGUCUCAUAUCCCUGUUUACAGCAAAUUCACACCUGGGACCCUUGCAGAUUUCUCUGGGACGCAUGCUGCUAGACAUCCUCAAAUUCCUUUUUAUCUACUGUCUGGUGCUUCUGGCUUUUGCCAAUGGACUGAACCAGCUUUAUUUUUAUUAUGAGACCAGUGCCUCGGAGGAGCCCAACAACUGCAAGGGGAUCCGAUGUGAGAAACAGAACAAUGCCUUCUCCACACUUUUUGAGACCCUCCAGUCACUCUUCUGGUCUGUGUUCGGCCUGCUGAAUCUCUACGUCACCAACGUGAAAGCCAGACACGAGUUCACAGAAUUUGUCGGGGCCACGAUGUUUGGCACCUACAACGUCAUCUCCCUGGUCGUGCUGCUGAACAUGCUCAUAGCCAUGAUGAACAACUCCUACCAGCUCAUUGCCGACCAUGCAGAUAUCGAAUGGAAGUUUGCCCGGACGAAGCUCUGGAUGAGUUACUUUGACGAAGGUGCCACUCUGCCCCCUCCUUUUAACAUUGUCCCGAGUCCCAAGUCAGUCUGGUACCUCUGCAAGUGGAUUCACAAGCGGUUAUGCCCAGGCAGUGACUCCGCGAAUGAACAGAAGAGGCACGAAAACCUCAAAACAUUCACAGAACGGCACGCUGACAACCUGAUUCAGAAUCAACAUUACCAGGAAGUGAUCAGAAAUCUUGUGAAAAGAUACGUUGCAGCUAUGAUAAGAACUUCCAAAACCAAUGAAGGGUUAACUGAAGAAAAUUUCAAGGAAUUGAAACAGGACAUCUCAAGUUUUCGCUAUGAAGUUCUUGACCUCUUGGGAAACAGGAAGCCCCAGAGGAGAAGUUAUUCUACCAGCAGCACAGAGGUGUCCCAAAAGGAUGAUACAAAUGAGGAUGGUGCUGGAGAAAAACCCAAAGCCAAGAGCGUAUCUUUCAAUGUAGCCAACAAGAAAAAAGAUUUCAAUGUAUCUGCUCUAAUUAAAACUAUGUCUGGGAUUGAUAUGGCAGAUGAGAAGCCAAAAAGCAAUGGGAUCAGUAAGCGCUCCUUUGUCCGAAAUGGAAACAGAGUUCAGAGACUCUCCAGCUCCAAGAAAGAGUCCUUUAAGAGACUGGGUCUACUGUUCUCCAAGAUGAAUGGACACGUACCUGAACCAAACUCUGAGCCCAUGUACACUAUUUCAGAUGGAGUUAUUCAGCCACACUACAUGUGGCAAGACAUUAAAUACUCUCAGAUCGAUAAAGAGAGAGAAGAGAAUUGUUCCAAAAGCGAAAUUAACCUCAAUGAGGUGGACUACAGCGGGAACACGAGACUCACGGGCCAAAGCAAGGAGUGCCCUGUGGUUUGUACCAGCUCCCUUCACUGUGCUUCCAGUAUUUGUUCCUCUAAUUCCAAACUUUUAGACUCCUCAGAAGAUGUAUUUGAUUCAUGGGGAGAGGCUUGUGACUUGUUUAUAAACAAGUGGAAAGAUGGGCAGGAAGACCAUGUUACAACGCGGUUAUAAGAGAAGCUAUCUAACACCUGCUAGAAAACUUAGCUAAUUAUUUGUCAUGGUUUGCUAUCACCUGAUUCAGCAUUACGAUUUCCUUUCUGUCCACAGGAAAAAAAAAAAAGUGUAAAACUCUAGUUACGUUAGCCUAUUUUAUAGCCAUCUGCAUUUAUUUAUUUAUUUUUUUUUUUUACACUCCCAAAUAUUGAACUAAAGGUCUCACCAUUUAUUAGGUCACUGUAAACCACAGGGCUCCCUUCUGAUGCAGCCGUAGCCUUCGAACCCUGCAGGACUGAGACACGUUGGUGGCGGAGGGCUGUUACCAUCAUCCCCCCAUCGCUGCGUUACACCGCCGCCACGCAACGCGAGCGAUCUGCUGUGCGUCCUGCUCGAUUUCCUCAUCAGCAGGACGAGCUGCUGAGCGGUAUCAACGCUGAGCAGCUGAAACGCUGCUGGUGCAUCAGAAGGCUGCGAAUCAAACUGAAGAUCUUCUUAGACGGGAUUUCAGGUUAAAACUGGCUUUUUAUUUUUCUUUAAGCAAUACAACCUCCAAUUCAUUCAGUUAGGCGUAUUUUUUCAGGUUGUAUACUAUGUUCAUGUUGUAAAUUCUUACUGAAUAAGAGACACCUUUUAUCACCCAGCUAGAACACGUUAUAAUCCCCUUAUUUACCUAAUUCCCAUUAACCGAAUUCCCUCUUGUAGGGAGCUGAAUUACCUCCCGGUUAGACCGGCAGUGGAAGCACCCAGCCUUGCUGCCAGUUGCGCAGAGAUGAACUGACCCAGACGCACCUGCGGCUGCUCGAGGCCCAAACCUCGCUCUGGCUCCCAUCCUUCCAGCGGGCUCAACGAAAGCCCAGCUCUGGUAGACGGGCACACGCAUCCCCUUCACAUACGGUUUUUCAGGCUCCUCGUCUCAUUUCCACUGCUGCGUUCGCUUUUUGCUGCCUCUCUGGCCGACGUCAGGCUUUAGGCAGAAAGCCAUUCUCCUGGUGCGUCUCGAGCUCAAAGAGGGAGAACGUUUUCCCCGGAUCCAUGGGCCGCAUUUCUUAAAAGCGACUUAAGCAACAGCAGCUCAAACUGUGUUUGGCAGCCUGGAAAGCCUCCGCGGUUCCUUUUCUAAGGUGCAACAAAAAGGAGCCCAGCAGUAGAUUUUUUUUUCCCCUCCCUCAGUUACAUUAGGCCUAGUCCAAAUAUUAACAGUGUCACUGCAUUUGUCCUAAGGAGCUUCAAAGAGGGGAGAAGACAACCCCAUUAAGGAUAAAAUGGUUGAAUCAAUGCUUUUUAACAGCCUGGUACUUGAACUUUCUUCUGUGUUGUUGCUAAGAUACACAGAGGAUUGGCACUUAACACCCGCAUCAGCGCUGUUAUUUGUCAGCCGCUUCCUCGGAGGAAGCAGGCGGAAGCAGGGCCUGACCGAGCGCUCAGAAGCGGCGUUGCCUUACGGAAAAGCCUCGCUCCGGAGCUCGCGCACUCGCGUUACGGCUCCGUCCCUGUGAGAGGUCGCGUGCGUGGGAGUUGAGCUCCAGGGCGGUUGGCAUACAUCAGCUCUUCUGUGAACCUGGUUGGGAACUGCAUUUGCAGCAGCAACCAUAAAGGUUGGAAAACCUCCACCUACCGUUGGCUACUCCCUGCUCGCUAUCGACACCAGACUUGCUGCUCGCGGGCAGGGCACAGCCCUAAGUAUUUAAGCCUCCAGGUGCGCAAGUUAAGGUGGGGUGAGAGGCGUUUUUGUAUCAACAGAUUUGAGGCUUUUGUACACUAACCGUGAGAUUAGAGUGGUUUUUUGAAAACCCCAUCUCCUCUUCCCGUAGGAAAGACUGAGCAAACUGAUGCAGGCGCUACGUAAGGAGGCUCGCAAGAUGCCAGGGUCAGAGGCAGUUGGCUGCUCUUUCAGAAAGCAGUCCAGCAUCCCGGCCUUCCACGAGGCAAAUCCGUGGGAGUUGCGGUCAGAACCGACUGAAGGUAGCUCUCACGGCAGCCCCAGGAAAAACCUGAAGUUUAAAAAACCAAAGUGACUGAGCCCGUUUCUGGAAACAUGCACGGUAGCAGGCGCUGCUAGCGGGGGGUGGAGGGAAGGGCUUGAACCAUUUUACGCCCCAUCUAACCUCUCUGCGGCUUAGGAACUCUCCUUGCAACGGGGCCAGCGAACCCUUACGGUAUUUCCUGCAUAACAAGUGGGAGCGGAAACAGUUCAGGUAUGGUUAUGCAGGUGAUGCCAACCGCGUUCAAGACUGGGAUACAGUCCAGGUUCAUAUCCUUUGACAGGAGAAAGGCUUUUAAGUUUUCCAGGACCGCAAGCAUACUGCUACCGGCUACGAUUAUAUUGUCUCGCUCAAACGCAGCACUGCAUUAACAGGUUCGGGUAUCAGAAACGCAAUGCAAGUAACUCCUUGCAGCAGUACCCUCCCCUUGCAAAAAAUGUAACGGCGACACUGGGCAAGGCAAGUCCCUUCUGUGCAAACAGCACGAAUCGCAUUCCCUUGCUGCGUGCAGGAAGGGCAGAGGUAGGAACCGACACAUUUUAAUGGAGCGAUGGACAAUGCUGUGCCCAAAAAUCUCUUGAUAAUAUUCUGUACGUCAUGUGGCUGCUUGGCUGGGUCUCCCAUGGGAUUUGUUUCAUGACCCAGACAUUUCCUAGCUCCCAGCUAAGAGCUUGUUUGAGCUGACUUUUCAAUUUAUCACAAGUAUUUGAUUGGGCUAAAUGAUUAAUACAUAUGUCCUGGAGUUCACAAAGCUGUCAGAUCGGACCCCAAAAAGGCCAAAUUCUGUUUGACUGCAUCUAUGCAUUCCCUUUGGUAGCAAAAGGCAGUAUAGCAGCUAGUGAAUUAUCAUUAUUGCUCUUAAACAGGAACUUCAGGGGAGGGAAACUGAAGCAUCUUGUCAAAAACAUUUUGUUUAAGCCAAAACCGGCCAGUUUUCGUUUUGCUUUGUUUAAAAUCACUUGCAGUCAGCAUUUGGGAUUUCACUAGCAUUUUUCUGUUUUCAAGUGAUGAAAGGGAAAGCGUGUUUUGGGGAGAAUUAUUCUUCCCUUUGGAAAAACGAGUGAGCUACCUCUCUGCUGUCUGUGCAAGGCCCCAGGGUAGGAGCUGACGGGACACGCUGAGCAUCUCCAGCGAGAUGUAGACGGUAACCUUUUUCCAGGCUGUGCUCCCAGGUGCACGGUUCCCCACGACUGCAGCGUGCCUGGCCUUUAUUCUAGGUAUUUCAGUAAUAAUCCUUAUACCUGCACAAGGACUUUGGAACUGGGAAGAACACAGCUCUUGAUCUCCCACCCGCCCUCUCUUUAGGUUUCUUGCACUUGAAGUUGCUUUAUUAUUUAUUGCCACCGCCCACCCUCUGGUACCGUUUUCCCCUGGCAUUGGAGAGCAGCCCACCUAAAAAGGAUCACUCUUCUGAGGUCGACAAGUAACACCCCGGUACGGGACCCCACGCAGCCCUAGCAGGUGUUUGUGCUCAGGUCGGGGAUUAAAGGAGCCGUUUCAGAAACAAGAAGUUCGGUGACAUUAUCUCUGCAGAUUAUUCGGAUGACGGGGUUUGUAAAUUAAUCGCCAGUUUAUUUGUAAAUAUUCAAGCAUUUGUAUGCGUGGACCCUGCCGAAGCAGCACGUACAGCGGUUGGAGCACGGGAUUAGAAAAGAGCAUUUCUGGGGUCUUUUCCCAACUCCGCCACCGACUCACCUGUGACCUUGGGCAAGUCACUUAGCCUCUCUAAUGCCUCAGUUUCCCCAUCUGUAAAAUAGGGAUAAUAAUACUUACCUACCUCGCAGGGGGGUUAGUUCAUUAUUUAUAAGCACUUUCAGAUUAAAGGCGCUAUAUACAGUUAAGUAGGUAACGUUAGUAGCGGUAGUAUGUACUUUUAUUUUCCUACAACUACUUCAGGUUAGGGUUUAACGGUAUGAACAUUAUGACAGUUUUCCAUGUCGAAAACUAGCCCGGUUGCCCAAGAGGGGAGCUCAGGGGACGUCUGCCGCAGGUGGAGAGCGGGUACCCCGGAAGCCCAAGCUCUGCACGCCCCUGCUUUCGCGGGCUUUCGUCUCACCCUUAGCGUUACUUUACUGUACUUGCGUCUCCAUCCUCCUUUUCUAAUGGCACAUGUAACAAUUUCUAGCAGAAGCAGCCGUUGUAAAUAUUAAAGACUAUUUAAAUAAAUAUAUUCAUGUAUAAAUAUAAAAACCUUACCUUUUAAAGAGAGGGAAAUCGGUCAGCGCCCGCAGCUGCCUCCUGGGCGCUCGCGUGCCCCCAUCGCUGGCAGCGGGAGCGUGUCCAGCUGGGGGAGCCCUACGGGGCAGCUGGGACGGCUCUCUUCACCCGCCUUUCCUUUGUUAGCGGGCCGGCUACCUGAAACCCAGCUGCUAUAAAACCAUCCUUUACUGGAUUUGGGGUUUUUGGGGGGGGGGCGAAGGUGGGGGGCGCCCUGGGCCAGCCGCUAACGCAGUUUCUUGCCACGCGUAACGUAGUCUAAUCUGGUUUUCACGCUGCUUUCUCUCCCUGUUUCAGACCGUUACUUUGGUACAAACAAGUCAUUUAUAUUUUAUUCGCAUAAACCCCCCAGCCCAGAAUAACUAACGCGCUCCAGUAAACUCGCGGCCAAGAACGACUCUCUUUAAAAAGCGUUUUACCUAAAAAAAAAAAAAGUACGCUGAGACGGCAGGAGAAGCGUUUCGUCCUUUAUCUUCAGAGUAUUCGCCCGUGCUUUAUACGUCGGGGAAACACUUUCACCGUGUGUUUGUUUGUUCCCCCCCUCCCCAAGGUGUGCCAAACAAACGACUAAAAUCCCCAACCAAAAAUCCCAACCACCCACGGCUUUAAAAAGCCACGUCGACCUAACGCUCCCCCCUCCACCGAGGGGCGCUCGGCGCUCCCCUCCUUCGGGCCGCUGCCCCCCGCUCCGUGUCAAACGUCUCCGUACCAGCAGUGUCACCCAAGGCGGAGGAAACCGUGGUGCGGAGGGCCCGGCGGGCUCAGCCAGCCAGGCGGCUUUUCGAGGGCGAGUCGCAACCGAACGCGGCGCUGCGUUUAAAAUGACAUUUUACUCUGCGGGACAAAGAGGUGAGGCUUUCUUCCUUUUCUAGUUCUGGGCCAAAAGAAAGAAAAAAAAAAAGACGUCAUGGCCUUUUCCAGGCAAAAAAGCUGUUAGCUGCUGUAGGAAUUUUGCUCACGUCAAGGCAGAGGGAGGACUUCUGCGCUUGCCCGCGGAGGAGCAACGGCCGCCCCGAGAGGAAGGCGAGUUGGGGGUGAGAAGGCAAAAAGCAAAAAAAAAAAAAAAAAAAAAAAAG